ACCCGCGGUUAACCUCACCGGUCACCUCCGGUUACGUUAACCCUUUCAGAGAGAGCGUCGGUGGGUUAACCCGGGUUAAUCCCUGGGUUAAGGAUAAAUAUAUAAACACCAAAGGGAAGUAGAAUCAUUGAGGGCAUUUUUGAAAAAAAAGAAGAAAUAAAAAGAAUUUCUAGAGAGAGGAGGGGGGAGAGAGAGAGAGGGAGAGGGUUUCUGUUAGCGGAGCGAGAAACGAGUGCAGCUAUCGGAUCCGAAUGGGAGAAUCGAGCAGCUCCGUCUCCAUCGACGUGGAGCACAUCUCUUUUGGCGGGAAGGAUCAUCUUGUACAGACCAGCCAUGGCUUACUGUCUGUAGCUGUCUAUGGAGAUCAGGACAAGCCUGCACUUAUUACAUAUCCAGAUUUAGCUCUAAAUCAUAUGUCCUGCUUCCAAGGAUUAUUCUUUUGGCCCGAAGCUGCUUCUUUGCUGCUUCAUAAUUUUUGCAUAUAUCAUAUUAGCCCUCCAGGACAUGAGUUAGGAGCUGGUCCUAUUCCUUCCGAUGUUCCUAUUCCUUCUGUUGAUGACUUAGCAGAUCAGAUAGCCGAUGUUCUUGACUACUUUAGGUUAAGUUCAGUGAUGUGCUUGGGGGUCACCGCUGGUGCUUACAUUCUUACCCUUUUUGCUGUAUGUCCCUUGAUUACUGUGAGCAAAACUUGUGAAUUUGUGCUGACAAAGAAAUUCAUUCUUCAGGUAAUGUCUAAUUUGGUAUAUUUCUAUGGAAUGUGUGGCCUAAUGAAGGACUGUCUACUCCAGCGAUAUUUCAGUAAGGAAGUUCGAGGUAGUGGGAAAUAUCCUGAAUCUGACAUUGCACAAGCCUGUAGAAGUUUUCUCGAUGAGAGACAGAGUAUCAAUGUCUGGCGUUUCCUUGAAUCCAUAAAUGGGAGAUGUGAUAUUACUGAGGGGUUGAAACAUCUGCAGUGUCGGACACUAAUAUUUGUUGGUGAAAACUCUCUUUUUCAUUCUGAAUCCCUCCAUAUGACCUCAAAAUUGGAUAGAAGAUACAGCGCCUUGGUUGAGGUUCAAGCUUGUGGAUCAAUGGUAACAGAGGAGCAACCAUAUGCAAUGCUGAUACCAAUGGAAUAUUUCUUCAUGGGCUACGGGCUUUAUCGCCCGUACCAAUUCAACGGAAGCCCUAGAAGCCCACUCAGCCCAUCGUGCAUAUCCCCUGAGCUCCUCUCGCCUGAAAGCAUGGGAGUAAAGCUAAAGCCCAUCAAGACCAGAGCUUCGCUUCGUAUUUGAUACAAUAUGUACAUCACGGGGAGAGUGUAUACUUAGGAGAUAAUAUACUGUGUACUGUUGUUUCUUUUGGUGAAAUUACCGGAAUGGAAUUUUUGGAUGUAUAGAUAUACAGAUGAGGGAAGUGGGAAAAAAGAAGAUGAUACUGGGGAUGAAGAUUCUAUUCCAUUCGUUUGUAGUCAUAAUGUUUUUGUCUGUAAAUCAUCAUUUAUUUGUGACGAGCUAAUAAUAAAUACGAAGGGCUUGUGACGUUCUUGAUU